GUGAAAGUUCACCCCCCAUUUCUAUCCCGGGCCUUGUUAUCUGGUUAUUGUGGGGCAACGACGUGCUGUUGUCCUGUUGAUUUUCUCCAUUCUUGUUUUUGUGCGGCCAUCGAUCUAAUCAUGGCUGAUGAACAAUCGGAUAUUGCCGAGGCUGGUUCGACUCAAAGUACAGCUGCUCAUUCCACGAAUAGUGCAGACAGUGGAGUGGGAAAUGAAAGUAGCCACCAACGAGAAAAUGGAGGUGUUUCAGCAGCAGCAACAGCGGCAUCAAGCCCGGAGCAAGCUGCUCCUUCCUUUAUCCCCACUAUUGAAGAUGCGUACGCCGCCAGGGAACACUUCUCAGAGUAUGGCGUGAUGAGGACGCCUUUGAUCCGCCUGAAUGUCGAUAUGGUUCGUGUAGCACAGGAUGGGAUGUGCGGUGGCAUGAUGGAGGUCUACUUGAAACUGGAAAACCUGCAACCUAUUGGAUCCUUCGAGCUGCGAGGUGCUUCAUAUGCACUGGCAACAGCUGAAAAGGAAAAGCUGCAACGCGGUAUUGUGACAGCGAGUACUGGCAAUUUCGCCCAGGGACUAGCAGCCUGUGCUAAACGCAAGGGUUACCCUAUAUCUGUAGUGGUACCUGACUAUGCUCCUAUCAUCAAGCAUUCAGCUCUGGAACGGCUGGGAGCUUCUGUACGCCGUGUCCCAUUUGAGCAAUGGUGGGAGGUUCUCGUUCACCAGAAAUUCCCAGGGUUGGAGGACCAGCACUUCAUCCGCCCAUCCGGCAAGCGCGAGAUUCUUGCAGGCAAUGCCACACUAGCUUUGGAGAUUCUAGAAGACUUGCCCGAUGUGGAUGCGAUUGUGGUGCCAUACAGUAGCGGUGGCCUGUGCCUCAGUGUUGGUAGUGUACUCCAGGCACGCAAGCCCGACACACGCCUGAUUGCAUGUGAAGUCAACACCAGUACACCAUUGAACAACGCUCUCCUGGCUGGACGGCCUUUCUACUGCCAACACUCACCAUCAUUCGUCGACGGACUUGGGUUCAACACCGUGCUACCUGAAGUAUGGCCGCAUGUUCAGAGAAUGAUCACCACUACAGCCAGGGUCAGUUUGAAUGACACUGCACGUGCUAUCCGACUGAUGGUCGAGAGGAACCAUGUGGUUGCUGAAGGCGCUGGAGCUGCUCCAGUCGCCGCUGCCUUGACUGGCCAAGCCGGACCAGGAAAGGUGGUAUGUGUGGUGUCUGGCGGUAACAUUGAUGCGACGGUGCUAGCUGACGUCCUGCAAGGCAUCGUCCCUAUGCCUUCAGGAAGGCCCGAUGCUAGACAUGGAGGUGGCCUGGGAGGAAACAAUGGACGCCAAACUGAAACAAGCCUGUAGAGUCCAGUAUGAUGUCACUCUCAAUGACAGCAAUAGCCACAUGAGCCGGGGACUUCCUUGUUCGUCUCAAUUUAUCUGCACUCAUUACAGCUGCACAGAUAAGUUGCUACCAUCACCCCCCCCCCCCCUCCCCCCC